AUGACUGGGGGCUGGAGCCGGGAGGGGGCAUCGCAGUGCAGUGCAGGAAGCUCCAGCUCUGAGGCCAAGGCAAGGGGGCCCAGUGAUGGUUUAGGUGUUGAAUCUCUCUCCAGACCAGCCUUCCCUGUACCUCCCACUGGGUUUCAGUCUCAUAUAAGGUCAGGCAGUGCCCAGAGCAGGGGGGAUGCAAGAAAGCCAGCAGAGACGCCAGGCACUUGGGUUGGUACUGGGGGUCUGGCCCUUCCGGGCCGUGAAGUGGGGCUCACUCUGUUCUGCUUCUCCAGGCGGGAAGACAAGCUCCGCAUCCAGAGUGGCUGGCUGUGCCACCUGGCGCCGGAGAUCAUCCGUCAGCUGUCUCCCGACACAGAGGAGGACAAGCUCCCCUUCUCCAAGCACUCGGACGUCUUUGCCCUCGGCACAAUUUGGUAUGAACUCCACGCCAGAGAGUGGCCUUUCAAGACCCAACCAGCAGAGGCAAUAAUCUGGCAAAUGGGCACUGGCAUGAAACCCAACCUCAGCCAGAUCGGCAUGGGAAAAGAAAUCUCGGACAUUCUUCUCUUUUGCUGGGCCUUUGAACAAGAAGAAAGACCUACCUUCACCAAGCUCAUGGACAUGCUGGAGAAACUGCCAAAGCGAAACCGCCGCCUGUCUCACCCCGGACAUUUCUGGAAGUCUGCAGAGUAG